AAGGCUCGUUUCCACCCCAGCCACCAGCCUGGGCAUUCCCUUGGCGACGCGUUUGGGUCUCCACCUGCUGCGGGAACGAGGGGCGGGGCAGGGGGCGGGGCCUGCGCGGUGUUCCCGGGAGAGGAGGCGGGAGCCGGAGUGGACGCCCGAGCUGCGGCUGCUGUAGUUAUCCUAGCCCGUGCUGGGGCGGCGGAGCGGCGGGAGGCAAGGCUGGCGGGGCGAAAGACUGGGAAACCUCUGAAAGACCAACGAGACUUCGGAGACCAGAGACGCGCCUGGGGGGACCUGGGGCUUGGGGCGUGCGAGAGUUCCCUUGCACUCGCUGGGAAAGCGCGCGGGGAUCGUCCCAUGGCCGGGGCUCGGAGCCGCGACCCUUGGGGGGCCUCCUGGAUUUGCUACCUUCUUGGCUCCCUGCUCGUCGAACUGCUCUUCUCACGGGCUGUCGCCUUCAAUCUGGACGUGAUGGGUGCCUUGCGCAAGGAGGGCGAGCCAGGCAGCCUCUUCGGCUUCUCUGUGGCCUUGCACCGGCAGUUGCAGCCCGGACCCCAGAGCUGGCUGCUGGUGGGUGCUCCCCAGGCCCUGGCUCUUCCUGGGCAGCAGGCGAAUCGCACUGGAGGCCUCUUCGCUUGCCCCUUGAGUCUGGAGGAGACCGACUGCUACAGAGUGGACAUCGACCAGGGAGCUGAUGUGCAAAAGGAAAGCAAGGAGAACCAGUGGUUGGGAGUCAGUGUUCGGAGCCAGGGGCCUGGGGGCAAGAUUGUUACCUGUGCACACCGAUAUGAGGCAAGGCAGCGAGUGGACCAGAUCCUGGAGACACGGGAUAUGAUUGGUCGCUGCUUUGUGCUAAGCCAGGACCUGGCCAUCCGGGAUGAGUUGGAUGGUGGGGAAUGGAAGUUCUGUGAGGGGCGCCCCCAAGGCCAUGAACAAUUUGGGUUCUGCCAGCAGGGCACAGCUGCCGCCUUCUCCCCUGAUAGCCACUACCUCCUCUUUGGGGCCCCAGGAACCUAUAAUUGGAAGGGCACGGCCAGGGUGGAGCUCUGUGCUCAGGGCUCAGCGGACCUGGCACAUCUGGACGACGGUCCCUACGAGGCGGGGGGUGAGAAGGAGCAGGACCCCCGCCUCAUCCCGGUCCCUGCCAACAGCUACUUUGGGUUGCUUUUUGUGACCAACAUUGAUAGCUCAGACCCUGACCAGCUGGUGUAUAAAACUUUGGACCCUGCUGACCGGCUCCCAGGACCAGCCGGAGACUUGGCCCUGAAUAGCUACUUAGGCUUCUCUAUUGACUCGGGGAAAGGUCUGGUGCGUGCAGAAGAGCUGAGCUUUGUGGCUGGGGCCCCCCGUGCCAACCACAAGGGUGCUGUGGUCAUCCUGCGCAAGGACAGCGCCAGUCGCCUGGUGCCUGAGGUUAUGCUGUCUGGGGAGCGCUUGACCUCCGGCUUUGGCUACUCGCUGGCUGUGGCUGACCUCAACAGUGAUGGCUGGCCAGACCUGAUAGUGGGUGCCCCCUACUUCUUUGAGCGCCAAGAAGAGCUGGGGGGUGCCGUGUAUGUGUACUUGAACCAGGGGGGUCACUGGGCUGGGAUCUCCCCUCUCCGGCUCUGCGGCUCCCCUGACUCCAUGUUCGGGAUCAGCCUGGCUGUCCUGGGGGACCUCAACCAAGAUGGCUUUCCAGAUAUUGCAGUGGGCGCCCCCUUUGAUGGUGAUGGUAAAGUCUUCAUCUACCAUGGGAGCAGCCUGGGGGUUGUCGCCAAACCUUCGCAGGUGCUGGAGGGCGAGGCUGUGGGCAUCAAGAGCUUCGGCUACUCCCUGUCAGGCAGCUUGGAUGUGGAUGGGAACCAAUACCCUGACUUGCUGGUGGGCUCCCUGGCUGACACCGUCGUGCUCUUCAGGGCCAGACCCGUCCUCCAUGUCUCCCAUGAGGUCUCUAUUGCUCCACGAAGCAUUGACCUGGAGCAGCCCAACUGUGCUGGCGGCCACUCGGUCUGCGUGGACCUAAGGGUCUGUUUCAGCUACAUUGCAGUCCCCAGCAGCUACAGCCCUACUGUGGCCCUGGACUACGUGUUAGACGCGGACACAGACCGGAGGCUCCGGGGCCAGGUUCCCCGUGUGACCUUCCUGAGCCGUAGCCCAGAUGAACCCAAGCACCAAGCCUCAGGCACCGUGUGGCUGAAGCACCAGCAUGACCGAGUCUGUGGAGAUGCCAUGUUCCAGCUCCAGGAUAAUGUCAAAGACAAGCUUCGGGCCAUUGUAGUGACCUUGUCCUACAGUCUCCAGACCCCUCGGCUCCGGCGACAGGCUCCUGGCCAGGGGCUGCCUCCAGUGGCCCCCAUCCUCAAUGCCCACCAGCCCAGCACCCAGUGGGCAGAGAUCCACUUCCUGAAGCAAGGCUGUGGUGAAGACAAGAUCUGCCAGAGCAAUCUGCAGCUGGUCCGCGCCCGCUUCUGUGCCCGGGUCAGCGACACGGAAUUCCAGCCUCUGCCCAUGGAUGCGGAUGGAACAACAGCCCUGUUUGCACUGAGUGGGCAGCCAGUCAUUGGCCUGGAGCUGAUGGUCACCAACCUGCCAUCGGACCCAGCCCAGCCCCAGGCUGAUGGGGAUGAUGCCCAUGAAGCCCAGCUCCUGGUCAUGCUUCCUGACUCACUGCACUACUCAGGAGUCCGGGCCCUGGACCCUGCGGAGAAGCCACUCUGCCUGUCCAACGAGAAUGCCUCCCAUGUUGAGUGUGAGCUGGGGAACCCCAUGAAGAGAGGUGCCCAGGUCACCUUCUACCUCAUCCUUAGCACCUCAGGGAUCAGCAUUGAGACCACGGAACUGGAGGUAGAGCUGCUGUUGGCCACGAUCAGUGAGCAGGAGCUGCAUCCAGUCUCUGCACGAGCCCGUGUCUUCAUUGAGCUGCCACUGUCCAUUGCAGGGAUGGCCACUCCCCAGCAACUCUUCUUCUCUGGCGUGGUGAGGGGCGAGAGAGCCAUGCAGUCUGAGCGGGAUGUGGGCAGCAAGGUCAAGUAUGAGGUCACGGUUUCCAAUCAAGGCCAGUCGCUCAAAACCCUGGGCUCUGCCUUCCUCAACAUCAUGUGGCCUCAUGAGAUUGCCAAUGGGAAGUGGUUGCUGUACCCAAUGCGGGUGGAGCUGGAGGGCGGGCAGGGGCCUGGGCAGAAAGGGCUUUGCUCUCCCAGGCCCAACAUCCUCCACCUGGAUGUGGACAGUAGGGAUAGGAGGCGGCGGGAGCUGGAGCCACCUGAGCAGCAGGAGCCUGGUGAGCGGCAGGAGCCCAGCAUGUCCUGGUGGCCAGUGUCCUCUGCUGAGAAGAAGAAAAACAUCACCCUGGACUGCGCCCGGGGCACGGCCAACUGUGUGGUGUUCAGCUGCCCACUCUACAGCUUUGACCGCUCGGCUGUGUUGCAUGUCUGGGGCCGUCUCUGGAACAGCACCUUCCUGGAGGAGUACUCAGCUGUGAAGUCCCUGGAAGUCAUUGUCCGGGCCAACAUCACAGUGAAGUCCUCCAUAAAGAACUUGAUGCUCCGAGAUGCCUCCAUAGUGAUCCCGGUGAUGGUAUACUUGGACCCCAUGGCUGUGGUGGCAGAAGGAGUGCCCUGGUGGGUCAUCCUCCUGGCUGUACUGGCUGGGCUGCUGGUGCUAGCACUGCUGGUGCUGCUCUUGUGGAAGAUGGGAUUCUUCAAACGGGCGAAGCACCCCGAGGCCACCGUGCCCCAGUACCAUGCGGUGAAGAUUCCUCGGGAAGACCGACAGCAGUUCAAGGAGGAGAAGACGGGCACCAUCCUGAGGAACAACUGGGGCAGCCCCCGGCGGGAGGGCCCGGAUGCACACCCCAUCCUGGCUGCCGAUGGGCAUCCUGAGCUGGGCCCCGAUGGGCAUGCGGGGCCAGGCACUGCCUAGGUUCCCAUGUCCCAGCCUGGCCUGUGGCUACCCUCCUCCCCUUCCCCAGGGAUGGCUCUUUGGGAUGAAGAGGGUAGAGUGGGCUGCUGGUGUCGCAUCAAGAUUUGGCAGGAUCGGCUUCCUCAGGGGCACAGACCUCCCCCACCCACAAGAACUCCUCCCACCCAACUUCCCCUUAGAGUGCUGUGAGAUGAGAGAGGGUAAAUCAGGGAUAGGGCCAUGGGGUAGGGUGAGAAGGGCAGGGGUGUCCUCAUGCAAAGGUGGGGAGAAGGGAUCCUAAUCCCUUCCUCUCCCAUUCACUCUGUGUAAUAGGACCCCAAGGACCUGCCUCCCCAGAAGUGCCUUAGCCUAGAGGGUUGGGGAGGAGGUUGUGUCACUGACUCAGGGGCUCCUCUUCUCUAGUUUCUCCUCUCAUCUGACCUUAAUUUGCUGCAUCAGUCUAGUGGUUUUGUGGUUUUGUCUAUUUAUUAAAAAAUAUUUGAGAACAAAA